GAGCAGACCCGGGAGGCCCUGCAGAGCUGGAGCCAGCACGACCAGGAGGCCCAGCGCUUCUGCGUGGAGGACGUCUCUCCUGAAGCCGCCAUCAUUCCGUGCUGUAAGGGCGACCCCGACAUGUCUUCCAACGGGGACCUCAGCGACCUCGGGAGCUCGGACAGCUUCUGGGAGCCGGGGAACUACAAAAGGACGGUGAAGAGGAUCGAUGACGGCCACCGGCUGUGCAACGAGCUGGUCAGCUGCUUCCAGGAGAGGGCCAAGAUAGAGAAGAGCUAUGCCCUCCAGCUCAGCGACUGGGCCAAAAGGUGGAGGGGCGUGGUGGAGAAAGGGCCCCAGUACGGCACCCUGGAGAAGGCGUGGCACGCCUUCAUGCAGGCGGCCGACCGCCUCAGCGAGCUGCACAUGGAGCUGCGCGAGCGGCUGGCCGGCGAGGACAGCGAGAGGGUGCGCGGCUGGCAGAAGGACGCCUUCCACAAGCAGAUGAUCGGCGGGUUCAGGGAGACCAAGGACGCCGACGACGGCUUCCGCAAAGCCCAGAAGCCCUGGGUGCGCAAGCUGAAAGAGGUGGAGUCCAGUAAGAAGAGCUACCACCAGGCCAGGAAGGAGGAGUGGACGGCGGUCAACAGGGAGACGCACGCCAGGGCCGACCCGUCCAAGUCCCAGGAGGAAGUCCGCAAAUACUCCACCCGGGUGGAGCGCUGCAGCCAGGAGGCCCAGAAGAUGGAGGAGCGCUACCAGAAGGCUCUGGAGGAGCUGAACCGCUGCAACCCGCGCUACAUGGAGGACAUGGAGCAGGUGUUCGACCUCACCCAGGAGGCCGAGCGCCGCCGGCUGCGCUUCUUCAAAGACGUGCUGCAGGACGUCCACACGCACCUGGACCUGUCCUCCAAAGAAAGCUUCAGAAACCUGUACCGGGACCUGGGUCAGACCAUCCAGGCCGCCAACGACGCCGACGACCUCCGAUGGUGGAGGAACACCCACGGGCCGGGCAUGAGCAUGAACUGGCCCCAGUUUGAGGAGUGGUCACCGGAGACGAGCCGCUCCAUCAGCAGGAAGGAGCGGGGGGGCAACUCGGAGGAGAACGUGGUCACCCUCACCAACAUCGUGGUGAAGGACUAUUCCUCCGACUGGUCGGACGAGGAGAGCCCAAAGAAAGGGCUGUCGGAGAACGGCGUGGGGGGGGAGGAGGAGGAGGAGCAGGUAGUGGGGGUGCCGGUGCGAGCGCUGUACGACUACACGGGCCAGGAGGCCGACGAGCUCAGCUUUAAAGCAGGAGAGGAGCUGCUGAAGCUGGGGGAGGAGGACGAGCAGGGCUGGUGCAAAGGCCAGCUGGGCAGCGGUCAGGUGGGCCUCUACCCCGCCAACUACGUCCAGCUCCUGGCCUCCUGAUGCUCCGCCCACUCUGCUCCCCUAACCAAUGAGGACGCGUCCCCCGAGAGGCCAGGACCAAUCAGAAGCUGUGGCUCUGAGCUGAGCAUCCAGCUCCGCCUGAAGCUCCUCGCAGUGUUUGUUUGUUUGUUUGUUUGU